AUGCUCCAAAUAUUCUUUCUCUCUGUUCUUAUUAUCUCAGUAGUUUUGGAUGUUGUAGGACUCAUUGUGAAUCUGUUUAUUGCAGUGAUCAAUUACAAGACUUGGGUCCAAAGCCACGGAAUGUCCUCUUCGGAUAGGAUCCUGUUCAGCUUAGGCAUCACCAGAUUUCUCAUGAUGGGAAUGUCGCUGGUGUACAUCUUCUGCUUAUUCAUCUCUCCAAAUGUUGAAAGGUUAGUUUACUUACCCAAAAUUUUCCUGUUGGUUUCGAUGUUUUUGGACUCCAGUAGCCUCUGGUUUGUAACUUUGCUCAAUGUCUUGUACUGUGUGACGAUUGCUAACUUGAAAUACUCAAUUUUUCUUCUGCUGAAACGAAAUCUCUCCCCAAAGACCCCCAGGCUAUUGCUGGCCUGUGUGUUGCUUUCUGCCUUCACCAUGCUUCUGUAUAUUGUGCUCAGACAGAAGCUACUCUUUCCUGAAUUUGUGACGACGGAGAGAAAUGGCACAGAAUUUAACGCCGAUGAGGGCACCUUGUCAGUGGUGAUCUCUUUGUUCUCGAACUCAUUUCUCCAGUUCAUCAUUAAUGUGACUUCUGCUUCCUUGUUAAUAAACUCCUUGAGGAGACAUAUACAGAAGAUGCAGAGAAACGCCACUGGCUUUUGGAAUCCCCAGACUGAAGCUCAUGUGGGUGCUAUAAAGCUGAUGGCUUAUUUCCUUCUCCUCUACAUUCCGUAUACAGUUGCCACCCUGUUCCAAUACCUCCCUUCUAAAGAUUUGGAUUUGGGAACCAGAUCCAUAUGUAUAAUAAUUUCCACCUUUUACAUUCCAGGACAUUCUGUUCUCAUUGUUCUCACACAUCCUAAACUGAAAAGCAAAGCAAAGAAGAUUAUUUGCUUCAACAAAUAG